AUGGCUUUCACCGUCCCUUCCUGGAUCAACGGCACUGAGGAAACUCACGCCGAGAGCUUUCCAGUCAUUGAUCCCUCUACAGGCAAGGCCUGUUGGGACGCGGCGUCUGCAUCCCCCGCAGACGCACUGCUCGCCGUGGAGGCCGCUUCUGCUGCGCUGCCAGGAUGGAAGGCGACGAAGCCCAUGCUCCGCCAGAGCAUCCUGCUCAAAGCGGCGAUGCUAAUGGAGGAGCGCGCUGACGAGCUGUGCGGAUACGUUCGAACGGAAAUGGGCACCGACGCCUUCGUUGCGCGCCACAUCAUCUUGCAGCUGGCCAUCGACAUGUUCCGGGACUGCGCCGGGCGUGCGCCCGGCAUUUGCGGCAGUGUGCCCACGGUCAAGGCAGAGGGCCAGAGUGCAAUGGUGUGGAAGGAACCAUAUGGCGUCAUCCUCGGCAUCGUCCCAUGGAAUGCGCCAUAUGUAUUCGGUGUUCGUGCGGCAGCAACGGCAAUCGCAACGGGGAACACCACGGUUUUGAAAUCGUCGGAGCAUACCCCGCGGUCCUACUGGGCUCUGGGCAAGAUCUUCCACGAUGCGGGCGUACCUCCCGGUGUUGUCAACGUCAUUUCAUGCCAACCGACUGCGGCGGCUGAGCUGGCGAGGGUCAUGGUUGAGCACCCCGCUGUGCGGAAGGUCAACUUCACUGGUAGCGCAUCUGUCGGCAGAAAGGUGGCUUGCCUCUGUAGCCAGAACUUGAAACCGGUUCUGCUCGAGCUCGGCGGCAAAAAUAGCGCCAUUAUUUUGCCUGAUGCCGACUUGCAAAAGGCCGCACAGGCAUGCAUCAUGGGCGGUUUCGCCAACUCCGGGCAAAUCUGCAUGUCAACGGACCGUUUACUGGUACACAUCGAUAUCGAAGCGCAAUUCUUGAAGGCGUUGAAGGAAGGCCUGGAGGCUUUACAAGCGCAGAGCAAUUCUCCCCCGCUCGUCGUCUCGUCCCACUCGGCGUCGCGCUUGGCUUCCGUGCUUGCGGACGCUCAACAGAAAGGGGCAGAGAUCUUCUCUGGCGGCCCGCCACCGAGCGGCGAUGCCGCACAUUUUAUCCCAACCGUCAUUGGGAAGCUGUCCAAGGACAUGGAAGCAUACAAGGAGGAGAACUUUGGGCCACUGAUGGGCUGGGUCACGGUCAAAGACGAAGACGAGGCAGUUGAGAUUGCGAACAACUCCGGCUACGGACUGUCGGCUUCCAUUUUCACUCGAGACCUUCGCAAAGGCUUUGCCUUGGCCCGGAAACUUGAGACUGGUGCGGUGCACAUCAACAGUAUGACUGUGCACGACGAGACCGCGCUUCCUUUCGGUGGGAUCAAUCGUAGUGGCUGGGGUCGCUUCAACGCAGCCGAAGGGAUGGAGGAGUUUCUGGUGACGAAGUCUGUGACUUGGGAUGACUGA